UAAACAUUGAACUAACACAAAGAUUGAACUCAACGUGAAAACACAUUCCGCACUUACGUAGCUAGCUUAACUAUUAUGUCGACGGUUGAAACAAAAGGUCGUAAUGUUGGUGGCACAGAAUGUAGCUGGUGCAAAGCCAUUCGUGGUGGCACCGGCAUUGCAGUUUUAUCACUACUCAUCACAAAACCCAUUGAUAUUUCCCGUUUUCAAACCUCACUCCACAAACUACAAAAUUCCCAUCCUAUCCUCAGAUCAAAACUCCACACAUCAUCAUCAUCCACAGACACUACUUUCUCCUUUCUUACAUCUCACACUCCUUUCAUCAAAAUCGAGUCUCACAACAUCAAUGUCACUUCCAACAUUCUUGCAAAAAACAAAAACGACACUGUUUCUAUUUCACCGUUGCAACAAAUCAUGGAACAUGAACUGAACCGUAACACAUGGCAAGAUCGUACCGGUAUUGAUACUGACAUGUUUGUUGCUAGCAUUUAUGCUAUGCCUGAUGAAAAAACAUGGGUGGUGGUUAUGAGACUUCAUGUUGCAGCAUGUGAUAGAACAACUGCGGUUUCACUUUUGAGGGAGUUGCUUGUGUUGAUGAAAGAUGAGGAAAAAGAGGAGAAUGUUGUUGUUGUUGAGGAUGUUGUUCCUUUGGCGAUUGAGGAUCUUGUUCCUGGUCGUAAAGGGAAGAAACAUAUUUGGGCGCGUGGUUUAGACGUGCUUAGUUACUCUGUUAAUUCUUUUAGGUUUACUAAUUUGAAAUUUAAUGAUACAAAAAAUGCUAGGUUUUCACAAGUGGUUAGAAUGCAACUCAAUCAAACUGACACCAAGAGGGUUUUAGAUGGUUGUAAGCAGAGUAGGAUUAAGCUGUGUGGAGCAAUAACUGCAGCGGGAUUAAUGGCUGCACAUAGCAACAAGACUAAUAGUUCUAAGAAGUACGGGAUUAUUACCCUCACUGAUUGCCGGUCCACUCUUGACCCACCUCUCUCAAAUCACAAUUUUGGAUUUUAUCACGCUGCCAUCCUCAACAACCACGUGAUCAAAGGGGGAGAAAGUCUUUGGGAACUAGCCAAGAGAACUUAUGGAGCAUUUGCCAACUCUAAGAACAAUGACAAGCACUUUACGGACAUGGCUGACAUGAACUUUCUUAUGUCCAAGGCCAUAGAGAACCCUGGUUUGACAUCAUCCUUAAGAACAUCCAUAAUGUCGGUGUUUGAGGACACGGUGGUUGACGACGACGGCAUGAUGCAACAAGAGGUUGGAGUAGAGGACUACAUGGGGUGUGCUUCGGUUCAUGGUUUGGGACCAUCUAUGGGUAUUUUUGACACCAUAAGGGAUGGAAGGCUAGAUUGUGUGUGCGUGUAUCCAGCCCCGUUGCACGCUAGAGAACAAAUGCAAGAGCUUAUUAACAAGAUGAAGGCUAUUCUUAUUGAAGGUGGAAAAACUUACGAGGAAUAUUGAGAAAUGUGUAACACCUUCAAAUUUACGGUUAUGGCUUUUGUCAAUGAGUUAUGUCGUUAUACUUCAUCAUCUGCAUAUUUGGUCAAUUUGUAUUUUACUUUUCUGAACUUUACUAUAUAAAAUUUAUUGCACUUUUUAA